ACUACAACUCCCGGGGCUCACCGCGCCAGUUUCCUGGAUUCCGCGGGGCUGGACUGUGCUCAUCCAAAACUGUAUUUAGCGGUUUUAAGGUAUUAAUAACACCAUAACGUUAUUUAUCACGAAGCUGUUACGUUAAUGUGGUGAGCGCUGCACAGAUCUUGCGCCGUUAGCCUGUGUUUUAUCAGUAACCGCUGGAAGAAAAUAAACUUUAUACAGACUAAGAGAUUUUGUGAACCAUAGCAGUUACUGUACUGAGCUCAGCGGUGCCGGCGAUCACUGUAAAACGAGUCUGACUACUGGAUUGCUGUGUGUCUGUUACUCCACAGUGGGAGCAGAGAGAGGAGAAACAAACUGUGGUGCCUAACAUGACAGAUCGGGCGAACAAUUUCCCUCCUCUGCCCCGCUUCAUCCCCCUGAAGCCGUGUUUCUAUCAGGACAUUGAGGAGGAGAUUCCAGCACAGCACCACCUGCUGGUCCGCAGGGUGUACUACCUCUGGAUCUUGUACUCAGCCACCCUGGUGGUGAACGUGGUGGCCUGUGUGGCCUGGUGGGCAGGAGGGGGUAAUGGUGCCAACUUUGGGCUGUCGCUGGUCUGGCUGCUGCUCUUCAGCCCCUGCAGCUAUGUGUGCUGGUUCCGCCCCCUGUACAAGGCCUUUCGUGGCUGGCUGUCAGCAGUGCUGUUUUUCAGCUCAAACGUGGGCUCGGCGGUGGUGAUGCUGAUGUCGGCGAUCCUCUUCACUGUGGUGGCUUUGCUGAUGAGUGUGGCUCUGAUCCGGGUACACCGGCUGUACCGCGGAGGAGGGGGCAGCUUGCAGCGAGCGCAGGAGGAGUGGAGCAGUGGGGCGUGGAAGAACGCCCCUGUGCGCGACGCAGGAUUCCACGCCAUUUCGGGCAGCGGCCCCAGCCUGCCAGAAUACCCCACCGUGCCCAGCUACCCUGACAACAGCCAAUGGUGAUCCACUAAGUGGCCACCAGGAGGCAGCAGACAGGGCUUCUGCUGCCUGGUUAUACAGAUGUGCUGCAGGGCUCUCAUUUAUUAGCAACACUUGGUGCAGCUGGAUGUUUCAUGCUUCUGACUUUAUUUUGAGUAAAUGUGCUUAGACAGACUUGAGGUUUACAUAGUUGCCAGAAUAUUUGCCUUUUUGCUUCACCAGUGUAGUACACGAGUCCUACAGCACAUCAGACUGCUGUGCCCUUGGAGUGUGAUUGACACCACUGUAAAACCUGGAGUGGAUUAUGGUGCUGUGGACUGAGAAUGUGACUGACAACACUAAAAAGCCUGGAGUGGAUCAGACUUCUGUGCACUAGAUCUGACUGGUUUCAGUCCUUUUGGGUUUGGUAGUUUUCAGGGCCCAAGCAUUUUAGAUGUGGUGUUCCAUAUUAAGUAGCGUAAUGAGUUUGUUAUUUCUUUCCUGAAUUUUGUUACAUGAGCAGCCCUGUACUGAUUAUCAGGUUUGUGCUCUGCAGAAGCCAAGGGGGAGAUAGGUCAUUCGUCGCAGGGCCUGACGCAGAUGCUGCUGCAGGAGGCGAUGAAAGAACAGUUAGACUGCAAGCUCACCUGUUGCUGGCUGAGCUACCCUGUUUGCUCCUACAGCAGCGCUGCUCUGCCAGUACAGGCUGGGCUCCGCUGUAAGAAUGUCAACUCCCCAGGUCCGCACAGCACAGGGGUCCACUCAGACUGUUUUACCCCUAGUUGCUCUGGACCACUGGCUGGUUCUCACACUUAGCACCACCAGUUGCCAUCAUGGGCAAAAUGUAGGAGUGUCAAUUACACUUCCAUUGAUAGUGGUUGGUCCAGUCCAGGUUUUCCCAGAUACAGUGCACAUAAGCCAACUCCAGCAGGCACGGGAUUGUUCAUGCUUGUGGCCUUAAUUUGGAGAAACCUGUCGGGAGAGAAGUGGCGUUAAAGAACAUCAGCACAGUCUGCAGGUCCCCGCAGCUGGUGAAAGCUGGAGUGGCAGACUGAUGUCUGUAUACCUGGGACUUUCUCUGCACUGUCCCUCACUCCUCACUCCUCACUCCACGCGCCAGGCGCCAGGUGAGGACACCCAUGAAUCCCACGCCCUGCCUGGGGAAGACUGUCUGAGGGGUGUGAGUCAGGGGGGCUCCCCUGUCUCAGACUCCAAGACCCCCCGAUGUGGGUCUGCUUGCUGAGCCUUAACAAUCAACCCUCUCUCUCUGCACACCACAAUCUCAUCUGUCAGCACAAGCUGCAGGCCUGUCUCAGCAGUGGCUGCGCUUGUGGGGACAUGCCUUACUGCCCCCCUCUCUGUGUGGGUCACUUUCAUGAGGGUGCAUUCUAGUGGGAGUUAAACCCUCAUGUUUUAUCUGAUCGCCGUUGUGACGUUCCGAGGGAUUUAUCCCAGACAUUCCUUCGUUCAUCAUUCCUCCUUCCUCUGUUCAUCUCCAGCAGCUGGCCAGCGGUGUUGAACUCUGUUCCUUUUUUUUUUUUGGUAGAACCUGUUGUUUUUUAAACUGAAAAAUGUUCUGGUCCGGUUUGAGGGAUCGGAAAACUGAUCUGACUGACUUGUUUAGGGACUAAGCUCAAUAAAACAUUGCUGUUUCCUGACGGCAUGUGUCACUGUGUCAUGAAAACGGGGGACAGUUUAAAUGCAUGAACUUGCAUCAGAAGGAGGCAAAGCUGAAGGAGUGUGUUGUUGAGAAGACACACUGAAGACAAUACGCGAUGUUUCCCUCCUCACAGUCAUGAGUGACUUGUAGUUUUUAUUCUGAAGGAGGCCUUUAAUUGGUGUCUUUGCUUGCUUAGAUUUUUGGUUAACUUCUUCCUAUGCACAGUCACAUGUUUAUGAAAUAACAUUUAUUUAAAAAAAUGUUUAUUUAUAAAAUGCACUUUGACUUUAAGCCAAUUGUUGUUUAAGCCAACUACAGGAUGCAGAAC